AUGAGUGAUGAUCUAAGCAACGCUCAGCUUUUAGAAGCACUAUGGCAUUCUCAAACCAGAGCAAGAGAAGCAGAGAAAGCAGCCAGAGAAGCUUGCGCUGAAAAAGAACGUCUGAUGACAAUCUUUUUGAGACAAGCGAGUCACUUGUUGGCUUAUAAACAAUGGGUAAAGCUUCUUAAAAUGGAAGCUACCUAUCAGCAGAUGAAGAUGGAAGACCAAGAGCAUAUCAAAGGAGUGAAUCUGAAGAAGAAGAGGAAGCAGAAAGGGAAGAGGAAUAGAAUGGGUGAGAUUGGAAGAAGAUAUAUGAUGGCUUUUGCAUUAGGAUUUAGUCUCAUUGGUGCUGGCCUGUUCUUAGGGUGGACUGUUGGAUGGUUGUUUCCUUUCUAG